UCUUCUUCUUCCUCCCCUCACCCCAAAACCCUCUGCAAAAUCUGUAAAAAAAGGAAAGUAAUGGCGGGAUCUCAAUCUUUAAUCUGCGACAGCAGAAGUGGUAGUGGUAGUGGUAGUGGUAGGUUUAAUCCAUGGGUUCUCAAUUUUCAAAAGUUGGGUCUGGAGCUCAAAUGCCCUCUCUGUUUGAACUUGCUCAAUCGACCCAUGUUGCUUCCAUGCAACCACGUUUUCUGCUACUCGUGCAUACCUGGUUCGACUCAGUUUGGCGCAGAGUGCCCUGUCUGCCAGGCCCAUUUUGUCGAUCAAGAUCCGAGGCAUUUGCCAUUCCUAGAAAACAUGGCAACAAUCUAUAGAUGUUUGGACGCCACAUGUUCUACCAAUUUGUUUCUGCCUGUUAAAUCUGAAGGUGGGGGAGUUUUGUUGCAAAACCCUACUUCAACUAUGGUCAGGUUUGAUGAUAAAAUGAGUACAGAGUUAGCUGAGAAUGGUAAAGAGAAUAAUUCACACAGUGGACAGUCUAUUAACACUCGAGUAGGAGUGGAAAAGAAUGACAAAAUUGUAAACAGCUGCACUGCAGUAGAUGCUACAAGGCUAGGGAUUGAAUUUCGUGGUGCUGUGAUUCCCAACUCAUCACCUAGAUCUCAGUUUAUGACUAUGGAUGUAGAUGCAAAGGCAGUGUUGCAACCAGCACCAGACAGCCCUCCUUCAUUUGGCGAUGCCAAAUGUUCAGAUAAUGAUAGCUAUUAUCCCUGGAGUGAGCAUAGCUCAGAGAAUUCUAUGUUGAAAAGACCAACUCAGGAAAAUGAUGGUGCUGUUGUAGGCAAGCUCAAGAAUUACAGUUCAUCCUUUGAAAACGACAAUGAUGUCAGGGAUGUUAAGAGACACAAGCAGUUAAAUUGUGGGCUAGUACCAUUAGACCCGGGCCGUGAUGCUCACAUCCAACCAGUUUUUCAUUCAAAGCUUGAACAGACAGUAUUAAAAGCUGGUCUGCAGGAACCAAAUAUUCUUGAUGUUAAUAAAUAUGAUUGUGUGUUUUGCCAUUCUUCUAAAAUUACAGAGGAUACAGGGUCAAUGUUGCAUUAUUCCAAUGAAAAGUUGGUAAUAGGUCACGAGGCCUCAUUUCCUAAUGUAAUACAUGUUCACAAAGUGUGCAUUGACUGGGCUCCUCAAGUUUUCUAUGAAGAUGAUAUAGCUAAGAAUUUGAAUGAAGAAGUGGCAAGGGGUGCAAAACUCAAGUGCAGUGCAUGUGGGCUAAAAGGGGCAGCUUUGGGAUGCUAUGUGAGAACCUGUCGCAAGAGCUACCAUGUACCUUGUGCAAUGCGAAUCUCAAAAUGUCGUUGGAAUCAUGAACAAUACCUAGUACUCUGUCCAGCUCACUCUUAUGUCAAGUUCCCUAAUGAAAAGUCAAAGGCUAAACCUAAGAAAGCUCUCUCAGAUCGACCCCUGCCUACCAUAGUGAGCUGUCAGCUAUCAAAUAAAGUUGCUUUACCAGGAGGUGAUAUCAAUAGGGAGAAUAUAUUGGUUUUAUGUGGAUCUGCUUUGUCUUCUGAGGAGAAGAUUCUCUUGGUCACUUUUGGUAAAAUGAAAGGUGCUGCUGUGUCUAAGUUUUGGAGCCCAAAUGUGUCCCAUGUGAUUGCUGCCACAGAUGAGAAGGGUGCUUGCACUCGGACUCUUAAAGUUCUUAUGGCAAUUUCAAAUGGAAGAUGGAUUGUUAAUGUUGAUUGGGUUAAGGCAUGCAUGGAAUCAAAGUAUCAUGUAGAUGAAGAACCUUAUGAAGUUAUACUCGACAACUAUGGGUGUUAUGAUGGUCCUAAGAAUGGCAGGCUUAGGGCAUCGAGUAAUGCACCGAAGCUCUUUAGUGGCUUGAAUUUUUAUUUCCUGGGUGAUUUUCUACCUUCUUACAAGGACGAUCUGCAAGAUUUGGUCAUAGCUGCCGGAGGGACUGUAUUGGAAAGCCGGGAAGAACUGGCAACACAACGUACUGAUCAACAGGCAGUUCGAACUCCCAAGGCAUUUGUUGUUUACAAUAUUGAUCCCCCAGAAGGAUGCAAACUGGGGGAUGAAGUUUCAAUCCUAUGGCAAAGGUUAAGUGAGGCAGAAGAUAUAGCUUCGCGAACUGGAGCUCAAGUGAUUGGUCACACAUGGCUGCUGGAGUCCAUUGCAGGGUACAAGUUGCAGCCUGUUGUCAGCUAACAAGGGACACAUCCCAAGUUGCAAUUUUUUGUUCAUUCAGCUAACGAAGGGUUUGGAAUGAUGAACUCUUCUGCUAGUAAUAGUUAAUAUGACUUGACUACUAUCAGAAAAGAGAGAUUCAAUUAGGUUUGGACCUCCGGACCCCACAACCCCACUUACAGCUAGUUAAAUCUAACACCCCAAUAAACUCAUUUUGAUGUGUAGUUUAGCUUCUUUUUUUAAACAAAUAAUCAUUUGUAGGAAAAGGUGAUGAGCUUUGUAAUAUAAUGGCCUACGUGUUGCCAAAUAGUACUUGCUGGAAAUAUUUUUUUGCUGAUCA